AUGCGGUUCGACCCAUUUCUCCUACUACUAGCAGCAGUGGCCUCGGCCAUCCCCUCCGCAUCCACCUCACGACCGACACCCUCCGUCACUCUCGACUACACAACUGUCAUUCCAACAGCUGGAAACGCAUCGCUAGGCUACUACAAAUACCAAAAUAUCCGCUUCGCCGCCGUCCCAACCGGCGACCUCCGCUUCGCAAAACCAGAAUGGCCACCUAUUGAACAAACGGUUAACGACGGCACCCUGGCCGACGCAGACGUCGACUGCGCGUCUACCGAGGACUGUUUAUACCUUGACAUCUGGGCACCUGCUAAUGUCCACGGGAAGAAGUUGCCAGUCAUGGUAUGGUCAUACGGCGGAGGUUUCACCAGCGGAAGCAAAUCGGAUAACACGCCCGAGGGCCUAUUCGCUCUGAACAAAGAAUUUAUCUUCGUCGCUUACAACUACCGCCUCGGAAUCACCGGAAAUGCCAACGGUCCCAGUCUUCUCCAUGAAGGAGGAACAUCCAACGUCGCCCUCUACGACGCACAGCAUGCCUUCCAGUGGGUGAGAAAAUACAUCGAUGCGUUCGGCGGUGAUCCCAACCGGAUUACAGCAGUAGGCUUCUCAGCCGGUGCAUCGCAGACGAUUUUCCAAAUGACUCGGUUUGCAGGACGCGUGGAGCAAUUAUAUAACCAGGCUUAUAUCAUGUCCCCGGGAUAUGUGCCUGGUGCUGGACAUCAUCAGGCGGAGAUGUUCUGGCGGAAUGUUUCGACGGCUGUGGGGUGUAAUGGAGGACAUUUGGAUUGCAUGCGGGGUGUGGGGCUUGAGGAGUUGAGUAGUGCUGCGAGUGAUGUGGUUGGGAAAUAUGAUUACCAGCUGCAGCCGAGGGUUGAUGGGGAUUUUGUUGGUGAUACUUACGAAGCACAGCUCUACCAGAAUCGGUUCAACUUCACCGGUCCCCUCGUGAUUACCCACGAGAAACAUGAAAACAACAGCCAAGCCUGGCCCGGUGUGAACACUACGUCCGACAUCUCCAAAGAACUUCGGCUAUUUUUCCCGUCUAUAACCAACGACGUCGUCGACAGAUUGUUAGAACUAUACCCGGAAACCGACUACUCGAGUCCAGGCCUGCGGUUCGCGGAUAUGAAACAGUCGUUUGACAUGACGGCGCAUGAUUAUGCGCUGACGAGGGCGUUGAAAAACCAGACGUGGAACGGUAUGGUUGACUUAGGGAAGGCGACACAUGGGACUGAUCAGAGUUAUUACUGGUACAGCACGUACAGCCUCUCAGGUAACGGGACCACCAGCGGCUUUGGUAGUAGCUCGCCUGUUGAUACGAAUGUCGCAAGGAAAAUGCAGAAAUACCUGCUCUCGUUCGUGCACACCGGCAACCCCAACACCAUGUGGCCGAAUGACAAGAUCUACUGGCCAAAGUACGGCAGUAACGCGACCCAAAUCAUGUUCAAUUCAACCAUCCAUCUUGAAAAGGAUGACUUGGCGAAUGCGAAGAGCGAGUAUUGGAAUGAGGCGUUGUGGUAUUAG